UCAGUUGCUUGGUGCAAGUGCACGUCAAAGGUUGUUGUGCCGGCAAAUUGUUGGCUUCGUUGUGUUAUUUUCUUUCGUGAGAGGUGAUGAUUUAAUAGUUUGUGUUAAUCUUCGUGUGAUUUUCGUGACUUGUGAGCAAAAAAACAAAAAAAUAUUUUCUUCUUUUAUAAAAGAAACUAGUGAAACUGAAAAAAUAACAAAGUGUUCUUGACUACAAAAGCAAACCAAAUUGGGUAGUUUCUUUUUACUACGUUUCGGCUUAAACGUUUAAGUUUGUGUAUUUGUCGGCGAAGUAAAGACGAAAAAGACAUGUCUUUGGCAACAAGACCAUUUUUUGUUGUUGUGAAUGUUAUAAAAUCCAUAGUAAGAUAUGCCAAAUGUCAGCUGGAUAAUGCUUUACACGAAAUUAUGGGGUACAUAAUGCGGCGCUUUCUGCGUACGGCUAUGAUCGUGUUCAGUUGGUUCGUUGUACCCUAUAGCCGUUUCACCAACAUCAAGGUGAAUCGGAAAAAGCUGCCGCCCAUUAAAUCGCAUCUCUUGGAAAUUCCCGCUGUCGAUCUGGCCAAAAUGAUCAGGACAAGAAAGGUCAAAAGCAAAGAAGUGGUGGAGGCCUAUAUAGAGCGAUGCAACCAGGUGAAUCCCUUGAUCAAUGCCAUUGUAAUGGAUCGUUUCGAGGAAGCCCUGGAAGAAGCCCGUGAAGUUGAUCGAAUCAUUGCUAUGGGUAUCAAUAGCGAGGAGGAAAUGGAGCAGAAUACCCCCCUGCUGGGAAUACCAGUCACCGUCAAGGAGUCCAUAGCAGUCAAAGGUUUGACAAAUCAAACGGGUCGUGUCUUUAAAACACCACAGAUUGCCAAAGCCGAUGCCCCAGUGGUGGAGCAAAUCAAACGUUGCGGAGGCAUCAUAUUGCUGGUCUCCAAUACACCGGAAUUGUGUUUGCUGUGGGAGACCUACAACAAUGUAACAGGGCAAACAAGAAAUCCCUAUGAUUUGAAACGUACACCAGGAGGUUCUUCGGGAGGAGAAGCUGCUUUAUUGGCCAGUGGUGCUUCGCUAUUGGGUUUAACUUCGGACAUUGGAGGUUCUUCACGUCUGCCCGCUAUGUUCAGUGGUAUUUGGGGUCAUAAGCCUACACCCUAUGCUGUUUCCUUCAAGGGUCAUCAUCCUACCUCGGAUUUUCCAAAGUGGGGAGAUUUCUUCACAAUUGCCCCAAUGACACGAUAUGCUAAGGAUUUGCCUUUACUGUUGAGAUGCAUGGUGGAUCCGACAGGACCCAAGCUAACACUGGAAAAGGAGAUCAGUGUAAGUGGCAUACGCUUCUUCUUCAUGGAUAAUGAUGGUCCUUCGGGCAUGAUGAGGCCUUUAAGUCGCGAUCUGCAUGCGGCCAUCAAUCGAGUGGCCAAUGAUUUUAAGGCCAAACGGGUCAAUAUACGUAAAAUGAAAUGGUCCCUUGACAUCUCGCUGUCGGCCAUGUUGACCAUGAAGAACAUAGAGACCAUCUACCACAAGACCGAGGAGGGCGAAAGACCCAAGACCAUUUGCACAGAGACAGUGAAGUAUUUCUUCGGUUGCUCCGACAGCAUAUUGCCAUCGGUGAUAUUUGGCCACUUGCAGAACUUUAUGAAAAUCAUACCAAAUUCAAGGCACAAACAUUUGGCCACCAUCAUUGAGGCCCUUAAGACUGAAUUCAAAGAAUUGCUGGGCAACGAUGGCGUCUUCAUCUAUCCCACAUUUCCAAAUACAGCCCAUCAGCACUAUCAGAUCUACCAUAAGCUGUUGGAGCCCAUGUAUAUGGCCAUCUUCAAUACACUGGGUCUGCCAGUGACCAAUUGUAUGAUUGGCCUGGAUAGACGUCGUUUGCCCAUGGGCAUACAGGUGGUGGCGAAUCCGGGACAGGAUCAUUUGUGCUUGGCAGUGGCCAGAGAAAUGGAAAGGCGCUAUGGCGGUUGGGUGCGGCCACCAUCGGAGGAUACUAGUAAACGUAGUGAAUAGACAAACAUAUAGUAUUAAACUAAAUAAUUAAAAACAAGCAUACACUCUCACACUUACAUUAAAUCAUACAUACAUACCAGCUUAUGUACAUCACACCCACAUCUUUACACCAAGAUGAACAUUUAGAAAUUUAGGCUAUUUCAUAUAAUUUUCUACUUUAAUUUUAUUCAACAAUCAAUUUCUUCUAAUCAUUUAACAUCACUUUUUUGUUUUGCAUUGUCUCUGUGUUUUUUUUUAAUUUUUUGAAAUUUGGCGAUUGCCAAUUUUCAUAUAUAUUUCGCUAUUUUCGCAUAUCCAUUAAAAUUUUAAAUUUUAGUAUAAUUAUUCAAAUGUGAGGUGGCAAGGGAAAAAUGGAAUAUUUUAAAAUGUUCACAACAGAUCCCCAAGAUUGUGAUAAUUAUUCUAUAUGGUAACUAUGUGUCUAUCAAAAACGAAAAACACAAAAAUUUUAAUUCACAUCACCUUAACAAUAGAGCAGACCAUAGAUGUCGAUGAAGAAUUCUGGCAUCAAUUAAAUUCAAAUUUACUGCACAACAUUGCUCGAUUUAAUUGUUGAAUUGUGAAUGUGAUUAAAAACAGCUAUAUGAUAUCCUCAAGUUUAAAACAAUCACAUAAUUUAUGGGUAAAUGCUGUUUACACUGCGCACUAAAACGUGUUUUAUGGCUAUUUCGUCGUUUACAUGCUAAAUCUUGUGUGUUUUUAACUUGAUUUACCAUACAAAACUAAAACCAAUUUUAGCUGGAUUUAUUUUUAAAUACCAAAUAAAUCCGAUUUUGUCGCUGAGUAAUCGAUAAAAGUACCAAAAAAUGCAACUAUGGUCAACCAUACUUCCAGGUUAUAAGGCCGCUUUGAUAAUAGCAAGUUAACAUUGUAUUUUUUAUUAUCUAGAUUUAAUCAAUCCAACAAAAAGCACAGGAUUUAGCUCUUAAAUCUCGAAAAGGGCAUAAAUCCGGAUUAAGUGGCUAAUGUAAAUUUACCUUUACAUUUUUUUGCCCAUGAACAUUCCACUAAGGAACAGGAGCAAACUUCUCACAUAUCAAUGAGUGCAGUCCGAUUCUAGUUUUUAAGCUCAAUGCUAAGGAACCUCCUUUUUAUAGCAGAGUCCGAACGCCGAGCCACAGUGCGACUCCUCUUUAGAGAGAAGUUUUUACAUGGCAUAGCACCUCAUAAAUGUUGCCAGCAUUAGGAGGGGAAAACCACCGCUGAACUCGAACCCAGGAUUCUAACCCAGGCGUUCAGCGUCAUAGGCGGACAUACUAACAUCUAUGCUACGGUGGCCUCGGUGACCUUUACAUUAGUUGCCACAUACUGUGUUGUCUCCUUGAUUGUGUGAGGAACAGAGUUUAUUGCGUUAGGCUUUCUUCUAAGCAGGUAUGCGGUCUCCAGAUUGAGCAGACGAUCGGAUGCCAUUUUUGUAUCUUCUCCUCAUAAACGAGUCGCCUCAGGUCUUAAAGAAUUCAGCUGGUAACCCACCGGCCCCUGGCGCACCUAUUCUGUAUAAGUGCGCCCGUAGUCCUAUGUGACCUGUAAUUAUAGCGAAAGCCAUAUCGAACUGCUUCAAUAAUAGCCUCGUCUUCUCACGACCUAGAUUCCCUCAUAAAACUUAAGUCGUCCAACCAACCGUUUGACUUUUUUCUCAGUGCUUCAUGUGAGUUCGUCGCCCACGGCUUUAAGUCGGAUUGCGUCGAUCCGAAAGGCUAUGCUUUCACCAAGUUUACUGAUGGCAGUUCUCAGACCCAUACUGUCGAUUCAUAUGUCCUUUCGUCUCCCCCUACUCCGAAUCGUGGAACGUGGAAUUCUCAGAGAAAGCUUUAAUCUCCUUCCAAAACUCCAAGACUGCCUGCAAAAAAAAAAUUAAUUAGUCAUAAACGAAAUGUUCGCCAAUUAUACUACUUUUGUGGAAAACGUUUUGACUUCGUUUAAGAUAAAGUCGCAAGAUCUUUUAUGAUAAAUUUCAGAAUUUGUGAUGAAUACAAAGUUUUAUUGCCCAAAUAAUGCCAUAAUUACAUAAGACAAGAUAUUUAGAAGAAGCAAGUAAAAGCGUGCACAGUUUGGCCAGACCGAAUCCUGGAAACUCAAGACCAUGAAUUUUGCUACAAGUUUCCACACAAUAUGAACUUAGUUGAAGAGAAUUGUUGCACUUGGUUAUAGACCGGGUUAUCAGGUUAUACACCGAUUUGAACCGUGCACGGCAUGAUUGUUGGUAGUCGUAACACUACAUCCAAAAUUUUAGCCAAAUUGGGAAAACAUUUCGGCUUACAGUAGCUCAAGAUGUCAAAUCGGGAGAUUGGUUUUUAUGAGAUCUAUAUCAGGCCAUACCCUAUACCCCAACGUAUAGUGGUGGGCAUACAAAAAAAAAAACAAAUGUUUUAGUGUGCCCCCUUAUUAGAGCUGGCAAACUAUCGAUAGCCGCAACAUUCGAUAUUUUCGGUAGUUUUAAUAAUAAAUAUCGAUAGUGUAGAUACUAUCGUUAAUUUCCCAUCACCUAUAUUUCAAACGAAAAUUAGUAGUGAAAAGUCUUCUAACCAAAGACGAAACGCGUCCCAUAGUGGUUAGUUUGUUGCUAUCUUUGGCUUUCCUUUUCCAUUUGCAAUUUUCGAUUAUUGAGCUCGUCUCGAAAGAGAAACAAACAAACAUUUCAUAGUUUAAUUGUCGACAAUACCACAAUAAAAAAAUUCGCAUCAAAAGGCGCCGCCAUCACAUCACUGUACUCAUCAAAAGUUUCUGCAAUUUUAUCGUAAACAAAGUCCAAACGUUUUUCGUAAAGAAGUUUACUUGUCGAAUAGUUCGUUUAUGGCUAAUGAAUUAUUUUUUUGCGUGUAUGACAUGCUUCUAUCUUGUUUCUGCUCUCCCUUGCCUUAAGUUUUAUAGCCGCAGUGACUGUCUCAUGCUUAAUAUGCUAGAUUGCACUCAUCACAAGGUUUGCGAUCUAAAAAAAUAAUUUGAAAAAAUUGGUCGACAGAAAGUGCUUAGACCUCCAUAUUGCUGUUCGAGUGUACCGGGUGAGACAUUGGUGCCGCUCCCGAAUAUUCUUAUUUACAAACAAUUAAAAUUUUGCAUUUCAAAAUAAAAACAUAUAAAUCAGUUUUCCCUUUCCCUCUUUACUUGACUUUACUGGCAUUUCGAAAACUUUCAGCUAUCUCAAGCUAAAAAGCCUCUCAAUCACUUUUUAUUUUGCAAUCGAAAAAAAAUUGAAAAUAUUCGAUAACAAAUGCCUAUCGAAACAUAGGUUGCCAGUGUACUCAUGACAUAAAAGCAUUUUAAAUUAUUUCUCACAUUAUAAACAUUAAACUACAUUGUAAGAUUUCUUUAAUCUAUAUUUCUAAAUUCUUCAAAAUCUCACACAUGUUUAGACAAUCAUUUUCUUUACCUUCUUAGUAAUUAUGUAUAUAAUUUUGUUUUUUAUUUGUUGUUUGCAAUAAAUCAAAGAUAUAGACUUAAGCCCAAAACGAAUCCAUUAAAAACAACCAAACACACACACUCACAUAUAUGCUUUUAUUUUAGUGUAGCGCCACAUCACAACUUUAUAUGUAAUUUUUUAAUAAUGAAACCAAUUUUAUAGAACCAACAAAAAAUUAUCGAAAAAAAACAAAAUAUUUUUUAACUCUGUACAUAAUUUUUAUGAAAAUUAUUUCAAUAAAUUUCUUCAAAAUCAAAAAAUUUAAAAUAA